AUGUAUCUCGUGGGAAGAGAAAAAAAUGGGAGAGUGUAUGGUGAUGGAGGUCUCACCAAAACAAUCUGGCGCCGUGAUAGGAGUUUCAUAAUGCAAAUUGCUGAUGGUGAAGGAUCAUCGACUCAACCUUCACUUACCCCAGACAUGAUAGAAACCGUGAGAUCAUUAGCGCACUCUGAGGCUGCCCGUGAAGUGGAAGCGAGAAAUACUGAAAUAGAAGAAUUGAAGAAGAGACAAAGAGAAAUGAAGGAAGAAAUGAGAAGAAAAACUAGAGAAUAUGAGGAAUUUACGCGUAUUUUUCAACAGUUUAUGCAACAAUUUGGAGGGCGUGAUAAUCAAGGGCAAAAUGACAAUGAUGACAGUAACACCGAUGAAGAAAAUUAA